GUUAAUAAUAAACAUUUUUCAGAGGAGAAACGAUGUAAAACGUGUUUUUAAAGCCGGCCCGGUCGCUGUGACUGAGCUAACCGCGGUUGUCAAUAAACGGGAUGAAGAUGGGUGGCAGUAAAACAAGUGGCAGCUGUGAGGGAACCCAUUUAAUUAUAUAGUAUUGGGUUGUGGAUAGAUAAAUAUAACACAUAUAACGCCAUCAAGUUUUAAUCACGUGUUUUAAAGGUGUGUAGUUGGCUAACUCAUAAACGUGGUGUCACAGUGCGCGUGUUGCCUUCAGGGUCCAGUGUGUCCAGUGUGUCCGGUUCUUUACGGUACGACGGACAACAACAUGGGACUGCUGUCCGACCCUAACAGGAGACGGGCUUUGAUCAGCCUGCUAACCCGCCUCAAUGCCCCAAUCUGUGUGGUCUGCUACAUGGCGGGCGUGGCCUGGUUCAUGGGGUUGGCGUUCGAGCCCUUCACCCUGAGGAACUACAUGUCAGAGAACGCCAUGGGGUCCACCAUGGUGGAGGAGCGCUUUCCUGCAGGGGAGCCGGCGCUGGCCACGGGCAGAGAGUUCGCAGCCCAUAAGAAGAAAACUGGGGGGAUGCCCGUGGACUGGCUGGUGAAGACCAUGCAGUCUCGAGGGCUGGAGGUGUUUACCCAGAGCUUCUCUCGCAGGUUGCCCUUUCCCGAUGAAGACAAAGAGAGAUACAUGGUGAAAGGCACAAAUGUAUACGGCAUCCUUCGGGCUCCGAGAGCUCCGCGGACCGAAGCCCUGGUGCUGAGCGCCCCCUGCAGCCCGGGAGACGACAACAAUCAGGCGGUGGGGCUGCUGCUGGGCUUGGCCCAGUAUUUCAGGAGUCAGAUCUUCUGGGCCAAAGACAUCAUCUUCCUGGUGAACGAGCACGAUCUGAUCGGCAUGCAGGCGUGGCUGGAGGGCUACCACCACACCAACACGACAGGUAUGGACUGGUCUCCGCUCCAGGGCCGCGGCGGCUCCAUCCAGGCGGCGCUGUGCCUGGAGCUCAGCAGUGACGUGGUCACCAGUCUGGACCUGGUCCUGGAGGGCCUCAACGGCCAGCUCCCCAACCUGGACUUAGCCAACCUCUUCUACGCCUUCUGUCAGAAGAUCGGCGUCCUCUGCACCACCCAGGGCAAGCUGCAGAGGAACGAUUGGGACAGCGUGUCCGGCUACAGCCACGCGGUGCAGACCAUGAUGCUGAUGGUGAUGAAGCAGGCCAGCGGGCGGUCCUGGGGCGACCACGGCCUCUUCCUGCGAUACCACAUCGAGGCCGCCACCAUCAAGGGCAUCAACAGCUUCCGCCAGUACAAGGCCGACGCCACCACCGUCGGCAGGCUGCUGGAGGGAAUGUAUCGGAAGCUGAAUAACCUCCUGGAGCGCCUCCACCAGUCCUACUUCUUCUACCUCAUGCCGUCCCUGUCUCACUUCGUCUCCAUCGGUUACUACAUGCCGGCCUUCGGCUUCCUCGCCGUCAUCCUGCUGCUUCGUGCCUUAGACCUGUGGGUUCAACUCACGACGCCACCGCCAAAAUCAGAAGACGGAGUCGUCGCCCCGGAGCAGAUGUCCAGUCCGGGCGUGCUGUCCGUGCUGACCCCGCUGGUGAUCAGCCACCUGACCGGCGUGGCGCUCUACACGCUGCCGAUCCAGUUCCAGGAGAUCGCCGUGGAACACUUCCCGGUGUCCGAGACCGAGGCCGUGGUCCUGACGGCCAUCGCCGUGUACACGGCGGGCCUGGCGCUGCCUCACAACACCCACAGGCUCCUGACGGGCCGGGGGACGGAGCACGGCUGGAAGGUGCUGAAGCUGGUCGCCGUGCUGUACCUGGCGGUGCUGCUCGGCUGCACCGCCCUCAUUAACUUCUCCCUGGGCUUCAUCCUGGCGCUCACCCUGGUGCCGGUGGCUGCCUUCGUCACCCCCGACGUCCCAAAGGCUCUGUCAGCCUUCGUCCUGGUCAUCCUCAGCCCGGCCUGCACGCUCCUCUUUUCCGUCUUUUUCUUCCAAGAGUUGCAGGAGAUGCCCGUCAGCUUCCUGGACGGCUGGAUGCUCUUCCUGUCGGUCAUCUCUCAGGGCAUCCUGGACCACGCCCUCUACGGCUCUCUGGUGUACCCGCUCGUGUCCCUGCUGGUGUAUCCGUGCUGGCUGCUCUUCUGGAACAUCCUCUUCUGGAAGUAAAGGGCAAGAGGUCCGUACAGGACGACUGGGGGUUGUCUCAGGUUUGUGUGACCGACGGGUCAAUCCACUGGAGAUGAAUAUCUAAAGGUCGAUUUAUAACUCCCUUUUUAUGCUGACAUUUUGUUCGUGUUUCACUCUAAAAAAAAAUAAUUGGGGGGGUCAGACUUGAUAAACCUGGACUGUUUUGUACUGAAAUCUCACUUGCGAUCUUUUCUCGGUAGCUAUUCAUGUCAUGAUUUGGAUUGCUUUUGGUAAAAUAUUAAGUUUUAUGCUUUUCUUUGUGGUACAUGAAGAGGAUGUGCUGGGUUUGUUUUUAGAUGUUUUCUUUUCUCAGGCGGGAUGAUGAUGAAUGACAGUAACCAACCAACUGAUAGCAUGAAAUGGAAGAACCGACCCGAUUGGUUGGUCGUCUGCCUCGUUUAAAAUAUCGGGUUCAUCUGUUGAACAAGCCGUCACCGUAUCUCAAUGUUUUUAUACUUGUUUUGAUAAAUUUAUUUGAAAUGUUUAUUUCAUAUUUAUAAAUGCCAAAUAAAAAAACUGAAAAGAA